AUGGCAGAUGAAGUGUGUGAUAAUAGUGGUGGUGGUGGUGAUACUCCCAGCAAGGUGGUGGUUGAUGGCCAAAAACUACCGCCCAUGGUGGUGGAAGUGGCGGAUGAUAAGAACAAAUCACCACGACACCCUCGAUGGACCCGACAAGAAACACUUACCCUUAUAGAAGGCAAGAAAGUUGCAGAGAAUAGAGGCCGUAGGGGCCGGAGAUCAAGUUCGGUUUUUGGGUCAGACCAGGUCGAACCCAAGUGGGAUUCGGUUGCUUCGUACUGUAAACAGCAUGCGGUGAACCGGGGACCGGUUCAGUGCCGGAAAAGAUGGAGUAAUAUGGUGGGUGAUUUCAAGAAGAUAAAAGCAUGGGAAUCACAAGUGAAACAAGAAUCGGAUUCAUAUUGGGUGAUGCGAAAUGAUUUGAGGAAAGAGAAUAAGUUGCCGGGUUUUUUUGAUCAGGAAGUGUUUGAUGUAUUGGAUGGGAAAGCGUUUACUAAGGCGGAGUAUAAGCUUGCUCUGGUGACUGUAAGUGCCGAUACAAAAGAUGAAAAUGGGGUGGGGGUGGUGGCCGGAGACGAAGAGGAGGAGGAGGAGGAAGGGGAGGCGGAGGUGGAGGAGGAUGUGGUUUUUGAUAGUGGUCGACGUGCUGUGUCUGAUGAUGGUCUUUUUCCAGAUUCCGACAAAGUGGAGGAAGAAGCUGACAACCCAAUACCGGGAUCCCCGGAUCCUAUGCCUAUUUCAGAGAAGAGAUGUCAAACAUUUCACCAGGAUUGCUCACAAGCAGGUACCCUAAAUGAGCAGCAAACGAACUGGGCUUCAUGGAAAGGACGUAUGCCACAGGAGGGAUGUAAGAGGAGAAGAGUAUCAACAGAUGAACUCCACAGCAGAAACUUAAAUGCUCGAUUAAUUGAAGUUCUUGAGAAGAAUGCCAACUCAUUGAAUGCAAGGCUGGAAGCAGAAAACACAAACUGUCAGUUGGAAAGAGAUGAAAGAAAAGACUACAAUAACAAUUUGGUUUCAGCUCUUAACAGGAUCUCAGAUGCGUUAACCAAAAUUGCUGAUAAGUUAUGA